GUAUUCCCCAAUACUUCAACACAUUAUGUAUGGUAUGGCAGUACCAAGGUGCAGUAUAGAGUACAGAGUGCAUCUUCAUUGAGAUAUAGUUUUGCUUUGUUUAUGUCACGACUAGGACUUGGGCGCGGAUUGUUUUUCCAAGGCAAAGGAAAGUUGGCACGAGCAAGACGUGAAUGUAAGUACAUCUUUUUAUUUUAACACCAACUACAAAAAAUGAAGCAAACAAAAAGCGCUCACAAUGGAGGUACGAAAACUUGACAGUCAAAACAAAACUGGCACUAUGGCAUAAACUAGGGACAUAAACUAAAUCUCUUGCACAAUGGCAUGAAUAGCAAACACUUACUUGGAACGGAACGAGAACGGGACAUGGAUCAUUACAAGGUGCAUGUUAGAAGGUGGUGACGGUGAUGUUGCCAGGACGAAGAACAGAAACAGACAGGCUUAAAUGAUACUGUGGUGAUUAGUGAAAACAGGUGUGAGACAUGAGGACAGAUGAACACUAAUGAGUUUCCAUGGUAAAAAAACUAACCGGGAAGUCACUGUGCUCAAGCUGCAUGUUUUCUAUCUGUGCAAGGACAAAACUUUUUGUCUGAGGGGUGGCCUCAGGCGCAGAUGUUAUCUUUGUUUUAGCCUGCUAAAAGCCAAGGACUUCAAAGACCUCAACAAAGAUAAGAUGAUAGCACGCAGAACAAGCCGAAACAAGGAAUUCACAAGGCCCCAGCACAUUCCGUCACAUAUUGUGCGUACUGGACCUGCUUUGCAUGAUGUAUGUGACCACUCCUUUUAGAGGCGGCCUCAGUGAGGUUGACUAUGGAACUCCUGUGCUGAACCUUAGAGCGUAGGGUGAGACUGUGACUAGGUGUUGGAGUUGGGACUGAGGUGUCCAUGGUCUUCCUGAGCACUGAACAACACCACACCGUCUUCUGUUGGACGCCACAGACUUUCUAUCGAGCACUCAAUCUUGCAUUUCACUGUCUUACAGGAAGUACUUCAACUUGGACAUCACAGGACACAAACACAACCAGGACGAAGACUUUCCUCCUUCUGCUUCUGCUUGUCGGAAGCAACAGUAAAGUUUUGAACAAACGUGAAUCAGGCGACUGGUCAGGCGAGUGGUCUGGUGAUGACACCUCAAUGCAGACCACCACUUCCAGGGUGAUCUUUGAUGACACCCAUGGUUUGAUGGACCACCCCGAAGAGAGGACCACAUACCCAGUGUACACCACCAACCCAGAGACGACCACAUACCCAGUGUACACCACCAACCCAGAGACGACCACAUACCCAGUGUACACCACCAACCCAGAGACGACCACAUACCCAGUGUACACCACCACCCCAGAGACGACCACAUACCCAGUGUACACCACCAACCCAGAGACGACCACAUACCCAGUGUACACCACCACCCCAGAGACGACCACAUACCCAGUGUACACCUACACCACAGAGAUGACCACCACCACAGACAUGACCACCACCACAGACAAGAUCAAAUACCCAGUGCACACCACUACCCCAGAGACGACCACAUACACCACGACCCCAUACAUCUCCACCACAGAGAUGACCACCACCACAGACAAGAUCAAAUACCCAGUUCACACCACUACCCCAGAGACGACCACAUACACCCCGACCACAUACACCUCCACCACAGAGAUGACCACCACCACAGACAAGAUCAAAUACCCAGUGCACACAACUACCCCAGAGACGACCACAUACACCACGACCCCAUACAUCUCCACCACAGAGAUGACCACCACCACAGACAAGAUCAAAUACCCAGUGCACACAACUACCCCAGAGACGACCACAUACACCCCGACCACAUACACCUCCACCACAGAGAUGACCACCACCACAGACAAGAUCAAAUACCCAGUGCACACAACUACCCCAGAGACGACCACAUACACCCCGACCACAUACACCUCCACCACAGAGAUGACCACCACCACAGACAAGAUCAAAUACCCAGUUCACACAACUACCCCAGAGACGACCACAUACACCCCGACCACAUACACCUCCACCACAGAGAUGACCACCACCACAGACAAGAUCAAAUACCCAGUGCACACAACUACCCCAGAGACGACCACAUACACCACGACCCCAUACAUCUCCACCACAGAGAUGACCACCACCACAGACAAGAUCAAAUACCCAGUGCACACAACUACCCCAGAGACGACCACAUACACCCCGACCACAUACACCUCCACCACAGAGAUGACCACCACCACAGACAAGAUCAAAUACCCAGGGCACACCACUACCCCAGAGACGACCACAGACACCCCGACCACAUACACCUCCACCACAGAGACCCCGACCACAUACACCUCCACCACAGAGACCCCGACCACAUACACCUCCACCACAGAGACCCCGACCACAUACACCUCCACCACAGAGACCCCGACCACAUACACCUCCACCACAGAGACCCCGACCACAUACACCUCCACCACAGAGACCCCGACCACAUACACCUCCACCACAGAGACCCCGACCACAUACACCUCCACCACAGAGACCCCGACCACAUACACCUCCACCACAGAGACCCCGACCACAUACACCUCCACCACAGAGACCCCGACCACAUACACCUCCACCACAGAGACCCCGACCACAUACACCUCCACCACAGAGACCCCGACCACAUACACCUCCACCACAGAGACCCCGACCACAUACACCUCCACCACAGAGACCCCGACCACAUACACCUCCACCACAGAGACCCCGACCACAUACACCUCCACCACAGAGACCCCGACCACAUACACCUCCACCACAGAGACCCCGACCACAUACACCUCCACCACAGAGACCCCGACCACAUACACCUCCACCACAGAGACCCCGACCACAUACACCUCCACCACAGACACCCCGACCACAGAGACGACCACAUACACCUCCACCCCAGAGACGACCACCACCAAAGUGAAGCCCUACUACCACCAUCACCACCAUCACCACUACUACUACCACCAACCCCACAACAACUCCAAUGCACACCACCACCACCACCACCACCACUACCACCACCACCACCGUGAUUAAUACACUGUGGAUUGUCAGCACCCCACUGUGGAUUGUCAGCACCCCACUGUGGAUUGUCAGCACCCCACUGUGGAUUGUCAGCACCCCACUGUGGAUUGUCAGCACCCCACUGUGGAGCGCCAUUACCACUCUACAUUUAAAACCGGAUGAAGCGUCCACAAUAAAUGAAAUAAAAGUUCUCCUCACUUGA